GUUUGUUGGGAUUGACUGAAUUUGUUGCCAAAAUUGCAGUGAUUUUGAGGGUUUUCUUUUCUUUUUCCUUUUUUGUAUUUCCUGCGGGAAUUCCUAAAAAUUGUGAUGCCACCAAAAUCUUUAAUAUUUAGGUUAGACUUGCAAUGAUUUUGUGAAAAUGCAAGAUCGCAAAAUGCACGAGGGACUGAUUUGACUAGUGUCCCUCUGGUGGUGACCGGGCUCUCGCGACUGCCCCGCCUCCGCCCACACGUUUUCAGAUGGGAUUAGUCUCUCGUUCCGGGAGUUGUGCCCCUGAUGAAUCACAGUCCUGCAGCCGGACACUUUUUGGAAACACGGGAAAACUACCCAGAAGUGACCGUAAGGAGGAUACAAACACUGACAGCUGACUUGACAUUACGGCUAAACGUUGCAUGUUCGAGCAAUCUGAAAAUGAGGGAUUCGUUUUGAUGGUCCAAGUCGUUACGAGCUUCUGUCUGACAGUUAAACAUUGAGUAAUUAUUCGACCUACAAAACGUCGGUUUAGUGUAACUUCAUAGGAGGACUCUCCUUAAAACUUGCGGAAAUCUGUCAGUUUGUUUCACUCGUUUUGGUAACCUUGUGUGAAGAGGAUUAAGCAGGUGUGUAGGCGUCGUUGUUGGUUGUGGGAUGCAAACGCAGUGGUGCGCGUCUGGGACUGAGGCAGGAUGGUGAAGCACCAGCCCUUGCAGGUCUAUGAGAGGCAGCUGUGCUUGUCCUGUCUCACUGGGAUCUACGGUUGCCGCUGGAAACGCUACCAGCGCUCCCACGAUGACACCACCAAGUGGGAAGGCACGUGGUUCUUCCUCUUGAGCUGCUCAUUCUUCCUGCUCCUGGUGUGGGCUUACUUCUGGUGGGAGGCCCACAAUGACUACAACGAGUUCAACUGGUUGUUGUAUAACCGCUCAGGAGAAUGGAGUGAUGGGACGGUCCCUAUUCUCACUACAACCGUUGUGGGAUUCACUUAUACCUCAUUCUUAAUGGGGUUAGCACUUUGCCACAUAUCACUGGGCCAGCAGAUGAACAUGUACUGGAUCCACAAGGUGGGCGUGUUGGCUGUACUCCUCAGCACAAUCACAGGUUUGGUGUCCAUCGACGACUUGUGGAGGAGUGAGUGGAACAUCGUCAUCAUCUCCCUGCAGUUCACAGGCCCAUUCCUGCACAUCGGGGCUCUCGCUGCCGUCACGGCCCUCGGGUGGCUGGUCGCAGGGUUCGUUGUACGUGGAGAGAGAUCAAAGUUCCAGAUAGCGGUGCUGGUGCUGUACUUCAGCGUGCUGCUGGCCCUCUGCCUGGCCCCCGUGGCCAUCAGCUCCCCCUGCGUGAUGGACAAGAGCAGCCUGAGCCCCAGGCCUCUGGUCAUCGGCCGGAGAGGAGCCCCCAUGCUGGCCCCAGAGAACACCCUCAUGUCCUUCAAUAAGGCCCUGCAGCAGAGCGUCAGCGCCCUGGAGGCAGACGUUGCCAUCAGUCUGGAUGGCGUGCCCUUCCUCAUGCGUGACCGGACGCUGAGGCGGACCACGAACGUGCAGAGACUCUUCCCCCAGAGACAGUCUGACGACGCCUCCCUCUUCACCUGGACACAGUUACGCUCCCUCAACGCAGGACUGUGGUUCCUCAAGGAGGACCCGUUCUGGACGGUGUCGUCCAUGUCCCCGCGGGAGCGGCGGCGUGCGGGGAACCAGACGGUGUGCAGCUUGGCCGAUCUGCUCCGGCUGGCUGUCAAGGCCAACUGCUCGGUGCUGUUCAGCCUCCGCCGGCCCCCCCCUGGACACCCCCGCUACAACCUCUGGAUCAUCGACACCCUCCGGGUGGUGCAGAGGUCCGGCAUCCCGCUGGACAAGGUGAUGUGGACCCCUGACGCCGACAGAGAGAAGGUCCGGCGUGAGGCCCCUCGGCUCCGGCAGACGUCCCAGAGGAAGCUGACCCUGAAGGAGCUCCGACAGAAAGGCAUCACUGCUGUCACACUCCACUACAGCCAGGCUCUCCUGCCAGACAUCAGGCAGUACUUGGGGAGUAACAUGAGUGUGAAUGUGCAGACGGUGAACGACCCCUGGCUCUUCUCUGUGUUAUGGUGCAGUGGCGUGACAUCAGUCUCCUCGGAAGCCCCCAACAUUCUCAAAGAUGUGCCUUACCCUAUAUGGCUCCUGAGCCCAGAUGCAUACUACCUGAUCUGGAUAGCCUGUGUUUUAGUCUCCUUUGCUGCUGUUGUUGCAAUAUUUGUACAUCAAAACUUUCACAUGAUCAGAUGGAAAAUGAGUGGGAUGCGGAGCUACAACCCCGAGCAGAUCAUGCUGAGCGCCGUGGUGCGCAGGCCCAGCCGCGACGUCAACAUCAUGAAGGAGAAGCUCAUCUUCUCAGCAAACGGAAUGAGCUCUCCCUUCUCUACACAGGGCAUCAGCGAGUGGGAUUCUGACGAGAGCUAACCGCAGUGUAAUUAUUUCGCUGAACACUACAAUAUACAUGAGUAUGUUUUUGGCAUUGUGACUGGGAUAUUCAGACUGUUUAAGAUGUCAUGUCUAUUUAUAGGUCAGUUUGAAAAUGUAAUGGGCUGUUUCACUUUGAAAAUGCAAAUCACAUUUUUUCCCCCCGCGUACCCCUUACAUCCCUUUGCGUACCCCAGUUUGGGAAACACUGCUUUAGAUGUUCUAUGAUCCUUUCUGAUGCUCAGUGGUUCCUGUAAAUUCACAGCGGUUCCUUUAGAUGUUCUAGGGUCAGUAGUUCCUUUAGAUGUUCUGUCAUUCUUUCAGAUGCUCAAUAGUUCCUCUCGAUGGUUGGUGCUUCCUUUCCAUGUAGGCUACUGAGUAGUUUGAAAUGUAUAUUAAUGUGUGAAGGUUCUUUUUUUCUACAUCCUUGCUUACCUCAUGAGCUUCUUAUUGACUCUGAGGCGAGAGUGUUCUAUCACACAGUGAAAGGGCCGCCAGCACACUCAUUAGUUGUGUUUGUCGAGGGCAGUGUGGACAAUGACAAACUGUAACAGUGAAAAUGUCUCUGCUCUUCUUCUUUGAUAGAAAUAAACAGUGGUGUGGGGAGCACGGAUGAGUUGUCGAUGUUCGCUGAGAACGGAUACGUUCGUUACACGCACGGUGGCAUUCCCCACUGACCGCUGCACGCACGCCAGCAUUCCCCACUGAUCCACUGGGACAGGCCCGGGCAGUAGCAUUCCCCACUGAUCCACUGGGACAGGUCCUAACAGUAGUGUGCGAACUGCUAACUGAACUAGAAAAUAUCACAGAAGGAAAACAAAAUACAUGGACUCUUUUUUUUUAUUUACCUUGUUAUUUACCUUGUUUUAUGAACUUGUUUUGUAUUUAUGGCACUGAUGGUUGGUAUGUUUUCUAUUGGGGAAAUGUGUGUAAGAGCUGUCUGCACCUAUCUUUUCUCUGCACUACACUUGGUUUGACCAUGGUUGAUCUUUAUUCACUGAAGUUGAAGUUGAAUGUUGUGUUGAAUUGCUAUGGGUCUUGUUGGUCCAGUCAAUGUGUAUAACCUAGAAGGUAGUUUAUUCCGAAAAUCCCCAUGUCAUACUUUUAGGAUUUUAUUCCUCAAUUUCACGGGGGUUGUGAAGCUUGUAUUUUUAUUGACGUUUGUAUAAUGGACUUUCACGUUGCUGCCUUUAUUGUAAUUGCUGUAUGGAAAAGUAGAAAAGUAGAUAACCAAAACCUUAGAAAAGGAUCAUACUUAUUGGCAGCAACUGUCUAAACAAUGCGUUGUAAAGUAUUGCAAAAAGUGAACAGAAAAAGUGUCUUAAAUGAAUACUCUUUAUUUGUUACAUGUCGCUGAAGUAUGUUGUAGUUUCCAGGAAAAAAAGCAGAUCAACUUUGGACAUCUCUGACAGACGGACAUAUCUGUCUGCAAUGUGAAACUCAAUGACUGUGAUUGUUACCAUUGUACAUUUACACUAUAUUAUCUUGUUGGAGUGUUGGUAUACGGAUUCACACACAUGCACAAACACACACGCACACACACACAUACACAUGCAUACUUUUUUUUACCUCAUUGUGCUAUCCUACUUUUUGUUAAAUAAGCUACAGUUAUUGUUAAGAAUACAUCUAGAAUGUUGCUUUAUAGGAGAACGAUGUUCACUUGGCUAAAGUGUAUUUGUCUUUGUGAUGCAUGUAGGCCGCUGUCCUUUCAUCUUUUUUGUCAAAUGUGCAUCAGGUAGAAACACUGUUUCAACAUUCAAGUGCUUCGUUGAAUGAACACUAGGACCAUACAUGGUGUGUGCGUGUGUGUGUGCGUGUGUGUGUGUGUGUGUGUGUGUGCGUGUGUGUGUGUGUGCGUGUGUGUGUGUGUGUGUCUGUGUGUGUGUGUGUAUCAGCAUUUCUAUAAUAGCUUCAUGACAUUUCACACAGCUUUGAGGGCAUUUCCUGUCUCUCAAGAACAAGAAGGCCAGCCUGCACAGUGAGGACAGAAGAUGAAAGACCAGACAACACUGAGCUCCGAUCUGCAUGUGUUCAGGAUUUAUCUUAGAUAUGUGUAGGGGUGUAUAGUCCUUCUAGUCCUUCUGGAAAGGCUGAUUCCCUAAAUGCUCAACUUUUGGAGGCAAAAACUGCAGAGGACUACUUUUAAGGAUUUUGUAAAUGCCUUUAUAAAAUAUAUCGGAAGUAGAGUGUCAGUUUGUUAUCAUAUUUGCAUAUGGCAUACUGAAUUUAUUUAUUUACUAAAGAUAACUGGACAAUGAGAUUUCACCUACCAGUUGUUAAAUCGUUUUAUCGUGGCUCCUGGCAAUUUAAUGAGUUACUGCAUUCACAUUCCUUUAACCUAGUAUCAGGCAUCAGACUUGAGCUACUUUUUUGCCAACUAUACAAGAAGGAUACAAGAAUACGCAGUUUUGUAGCACCAUUCUCCUUCAGUCUGACCAUGACGAAAUAAACUUUUUGUAUUUGUUUUGUUUUUUUAUCAGGAAAAUGUGACAGACUCUAUUGCAUCUUAUUGCAGCUGUUGUUUACAAUCAAUCAUAAACAACAAAUGUUGAUUUGCUGAUUUUAUUUGCUGGUCUGUGCAUUAGAUGGAAGAAGGGACUCUGAGCUUCACUGCAACAGUUCAGGAUGUUGGUGGCUACGAAGUGGUUGAAUGUGUGAUGUCACCUCCACUGGAGGGCGGAGGAUGACCUUACCCUAAAUUACUUGGAAAUCAUACAAUACUUUAGUGUAACGGCUCUGCACAUUUCCACUCAGCAUCUCUAUAGGACAGUAAAACUGCACAUUGUGUUGAUUUAUUUAAUAAAGUUGUGUAAAAAAUAA